ACUCGACCGCCUGUCCGCGCCGUUGCCAGGGAACAAGGCAGGGGAGACUCCCCCGAGCAAACCCCUGCUACCGGACCCACUGGACCCCCGGAAGGCAGGCGGGGUCCUUCAGAGAACCCGCUGGGUCCCAGGAGAGAUGGGGAACAGCAGGAGCCGCGCGGAGCAGAAGUGUUACUCCCAGUUCCUUCCCGAGGAGCAGGCGGAGGUCGAUGCGCUGUUUGACACUCUGUCGUUGGACAAGGACAGCUCUGAGGCCUUGCCCAGGUCCUUCUCACUGCAGGCGCUGAAGAACCGCAUUGGGGAGGCUCUUCCCCCAGAGAUGGUCACCAGACUGUAUGACGGUAUGCAGAGAGUCCACCCGACUGGGAGGGCUCAGGGGCCCAGCAAGGGCGUCUCUCAGGAGCAGUUCACGGUGUCGCUGUCCCACCUGCUGAAGGGCAGCUCUGAGGAGAGGAGUCUCAUGAUUCUGAAGAUGAUUUCUGCCAAGGAAGGUCCCGUGAAAGCCAGAGACCUCCAGAAGUUCACAGAGGAUCUGGUUGGCUCUGUGGAGCAUGUGCUGGCCCACAGGCAGGAGCUGAAGGGCUGGACCCGGAAGAAGGCCCCCGGAACCCCCACCAGGGUACAGGCACUGGCUGCUCACCUGCUGUCUGAGAUGAAGCUUCCAGAUGGCAGCAGGCCGCUGGGGCCUCACUGGCUGGACCAUGCCUGUGACCGAGCCACGGUCGAGGACUGGGUGUUCAGGGUCCCCCUCGUGGCCACGUUCCUGAGAGUGGUCAUCCACCAAGGCUUCCCGGUCCUGUGUUCGUCCCUCGAUCUGGCCACGCUGGUGCCCGAGUGCCAGGUGGGCCCCGGGCGGGAGUUUGACAGCGUCCUGGACGUCCUGGCGGUCAUCUACCUCAACUCCCACCUGGCGCGGGAGCAGCGGCACCACUGGCACCUGCUCUUCUCCUCCCAGCUCCACGGGCAGAGCUUCUCGCAGCUGUGCGGGCACAUCACGCACCGGGGGCCCUGCCUCAUUCUCCUCGAGGACCAGGACGGACACGUGUUUGGUGGCUUUGCCUCCUGCCCCUGGGAGGUCAAGCCUCAGUUCCAAGGGGACGAGCGGUGCUUCCUGUUCUCCGUCUCCCCCAGCAUGGCCGUGUACCGGCACACGGGCUACAACGACCACUUCAUGUACCUGAACUGCGGGCAGCAGACCAUCCCGAACGGACUGGGCCUGGGAGGACAGCACGAUUACUUCGGGCUUUGGGUAGAUGCUGACUUCGGGAAGGGACACAGCAAGGCCAAGCCCACGUGCACCACGUACAACAGCCCGCAGCUGUCCUCCAAGGAGAACUUCCGCUUUGACAAGAUGGAGGUGUGGGCAGUGGGAGACCCCCCAGAGUCGCAGCUGGUCCAGGGCAAAAAGAGCAUCCUCGACGUUGAUCCUGAGGCCAGGGCCCUGCUGGAGAUCACUGGGCAGACUCGCCACAGUGAAGGGCUCCGUGAGGCCCCUGAGGACGACGCCUAGACGGCGGGGCUUCCAGAGCCUGGACACGGACAUCCCUGGUGCAGCGCCUACGGCCCUCCCCGGGGUGUGUGUGAGCCUCGGACCUCCCCUCUCCUGCCGGGCAACUCCAUGGAGCCCUGGACGGGCUUGACCAGAACACGCCGUGCCAAGAAGGUCCCUCUGCGGCCACAGAUAAGAUUUCUGGGAGAUGACCUCCCAACCUGAGUGUCAAAUUAGCAACUCAGUCUUAAAAGUUUGUUCAUUUCUCAUCUAUGAUAUCCAAAGACACAGA